CCGUCACUGGAGAUUUUCUCAAUCAGCUAUUUAGCCGUAUUUUCGGCCUCCUCCGCCUGGGGAUUCAUCUUUGGCGACCUGUGGACCCCAUUGGUGGCGAGUGUUCUGAUGAUGAGACGAUAAAGUAAUUCAAUUACUUUUACCUUGUAACCCGUGUGUUGUUUACAAUGUCGCAUCGAGGGAAACGACCGAGUCGUUCAGAAAACGACGGUCCGCCCCCUAUCAAGAGGCGCAAAGGGCGACCCCCCACGUCCGGGGGCGCCACGAAUGACGAUGACGAGAGUGCCAAUGCGAACCAGGCCAAUUCCACGUCAAAGUCAACACAAAAUUCUGGAUCAGGUGCUGGAACAUCGACGUCCAAGAACUGGCAACUCAGACAGAUGACGGAUCUGAAGAUUUCGAGCAUCUACAAUCGCAAUGCACCCGAAGCCCCAGCUGAACUCUUUAGGAAGGACCUUAUCAGUGCCAUGAAAUUGCCGGAUUCUGAGCCAUUGGCGCACGAUGAGUACUGGGUGAUUGCUGAUCAAUGGAAGCAGGAGUGGGAGCGUGGUGUUCAAGUUCCUGUCAAUCCUGACUCCCUCCCGGAGCCAUCGGUCCGCUUCAUCCAGAGCUGCAGCAUCUACAAAGGGAGAUCAGACUUCAAGUUGCCGAAGAACAAGUACAUCCGGAUAACGAAGGAUGAGAGCUUCUCGUCUGAUCUCCAUUAUUUAUCAAAUGCACCAGCAAUGGCUGAUGCUGCGUGUUCUUAUGACUUGGAUCAGUGCGAUGAGGCGUGGCUCAAGCUGAUGAAUGGCGAGAGGGUCCAGUGUGGCUUGUCUCCGGUGACUGAGGAGCAGUUUGAGCGCGUGGUUGAGGAAUUGGAGACUCGCUGCUGGGACAAAAUACAAGCAAUCAUGAAGAGUGAGGAAGGCCUGGGCAUCGAAUACGAUGAGAAUGUAAUUUGUGAUGUGUGCCGCUCACCGGAUUCGGAGGAGGCGAACGAAAUGGUGUUUUGUGAUAACUGCAACAUUUGCGUGCAUCAGGCCUGCUAUGGGAUCACGGUGAUACCGCCUGGACAGUGGAUGUGUCGCACAUGCAACGUUGGUCAGCGGCCUGAUUGUGUUCUGUGUCCCAACAAGGGGGGCGCGAUGAAGUCGACGAGAUCGGGGCAGAAGUGGGCUCAUGUGUCGUGUGCUCUGUGGAUACCGGAGGUGAGCAUAGGCUCGGUGGAUCGCAUGGAGCCCAUCACGAAGAUCUCGAGCAUUCCGCAGAGUCGAUGGGCGCUGCUGUGUGUCCUGUGCCGUGAGCGCGUGGGUGCGUGCAUACAGUGCUCGGUGAAGACGUGCAAGACGGCGUAUCAUGUGACGUGUGCAUUUCAACAUGGACUUGAGAUGCGUGCCAUCAUUGAGGAUGAGCACGCGGAGGAUGGGGUGAAGUUGCGAUCGUACUGUCUCAAGCACAGUAUGAACAAGAGCAAAAGGGACAAGAGUGGUAACUCGUGUGCGGCGGCGUCGGGUAGUGAGGAUGAUGAUGUGAAGAGGAAGAAGCAAAGGAAGGAUAUGACGACGGAGGAGAGAAAUCAGGCGCGAAUACAGCGACUGCAGGAAGUUGAGGCGGACUUUGAUAAGCAUGUGAAUGUGAAGGACAUCAGUUGUCAUGUGCUUGAGGUGGAUCAGGAGGGCAUUCACACCAUAUACAAUUACUGGAUACUCAAGAGGAAGUCCAUGAGCAAUCGACCGCUGUUGCCGCCAAAGUCUGAGGAUGUGGAUAUGGCGUCGCACAAGCAGGGUCAGGCGGAUGUGGAGAAGAUGAAGAUGUUUGUGCACCUGCGGCAGGACUUGGAGCGCGUGAGGAAUCUCUGCUAUAUGGUGAGCAGGCGCGAGAAGUUGUCCAGGUCGUUCUUCAAGAUGCGCGAGCAGACAUUCCACAAGCAAAUGGCAUUGCUGCUGGACAUGAAGUCGAAGAAGGUGGACGAGUCGCUGGUGCAGGCAGUGCUGCAGGCCAAUCACGGGCCAUCCAUCUACGAUCGCCUGUAUUCGGCACGCCAGGUGGCUGUGCCGAGUCAGGAGAAGUGGGACCAGCUAGUCAGUCGUCUGGCGGAGAGCACGAGUCUCAUGGUGGACGAGGCGAAGGCCAAGACGUCCACGGCGGAUCUGAAUGGUGUGAAUCGCGACAGCAAGGCGCGCCAUGGGAAGCAAUCUGCGAAGAAGACGGUGUUCAAUGGGGCGGCGGCCAGGAGGGCCUCCACCUAUGUCAGCAGCCUGUCCAGUGACAGUGAAUCGUCCACGGGGAGAAUGAUCAGGGAGAUGACGACGAAGAAGGGUGGACGGACGCCAAAGAAUGCUGAGGGCACGAAGAUCGAUCGGCGGAAAAGGCGUGUCAACAGCACAGCGGUGGUCAAGAGCAAAUCCCUGGUGGACACGAGUAGUGAGGAUGACGAGGAGGCGGGCAAGGUGGACAAGCAGCGAUCGCCACGCAAUCGCACACUGCGUCAGAUGGCGCGUGAGAUGUCCAAUGACAAGAGUCGCCUGUCGUCGGCCAGUGAUGAGAGUGAUGAGCUGCUACCCAUCCGGAACAGCAGUGGUCAGCAUGUGGGCACAAAGGAGCAGCGCGGGAAGAUGUCGGCUAUCUAUUCGGAUAGCGACAGCACGGAUAAGGACAAGACGGACAAUGCGGCGAGUGAUUCUCAGCAGCACGUGGUGAGAACGAAGGCCGCGAUGAAGGAGUUUGUGCCACAGAAGGGCUCAAAGGGUGACUCGAAGAGUCACACUGAGGAUGGCAGCACACCUGUAAAUAAAGUUAAGAGUAAGGCGAAGACUGCAAAGCAGGACAACAGCAAUAAGCUCAAUACCAAGUCAUUUGCGAGCAGCAAGAAGGAGUUCCACACAGAUCUGCUGGUCGUGCCGCAGCGACAGGCGGCCAAGAAGGCGUCGGAGAACCUCAAGUCCACUGGCAUGUAUGCCACGGGUCAGGCGGUGACGGUGGACAAGGUGAAGAAGGAUGCGAAGGAGCCUGAAACUGCUGUGACGACGGUGAGAGAGCGCCGAGACUCAAUUCUCAGUCCAUCGAAGGACGAACAGGUGGCGCGCAGUGUGAAGUCCAGCAAGAGUAAUAAGACACCCAAAUCUCAAGCAUCCACGCCAAAGGCUGUCGCUGGCAAGGAGAAGAGCGCCGAGGCGGAGAAUCGGGAGCUGCUGGAGAAGCUGGCGUACGUGCCACAGCGUCAGGCGGCGAAGAAGGCGGCUGAGCACAUCAAGAGUGGCCUGGGGAAGCCCACGGACGCCACACCGGCGGCAGCAGCGGCGGCGGCGGCGGUUGUCGCGGAGGAGAGCAAGACCAAGACGCCCGCGGCGCCGGUGGUGAAGAAGGACGAGGGCAAGAAGAAUGCCACACCCGUUGUGAUCUCAAGCAGCUCAAGCUCCUACACGGGCAGCAGUUCAUCCUCCUCGUCCAGCUCUUCGUCGUCGUCGGAGAGCGAAGAGGAGACGCCGAAGGCCAAGGCGAAGGUGGCGUCUGUUCAGGCGGCGACGAAGGACGCUCGAGUGACUCCGGCGAACAACAGAGCCAAGGACUUGCCCUUUCUUGACAAGGAUACCAAGUCUCUGCGUUCCGUUAGUUCGAGUGAGUCCAGCGAUUCUGAGUCGGAGAGCAGCGACGAGAGCAGCGAGUCCACCAGCAUCAACAACAAUCGCAACAGCGCCAAGAAGGCGCCGGCGCGCCGGGUGGUCGCAGAAGGGAAGCUUAAAACUUCCGGACUGGGACGGCCGGGCGCGAGCGGCGGCGCCGCGGCCAAGGAUGAUGGUGCUCAGGCGAGAGGUGGUGGACAGGCCAAAGCUGCUGCACGUGGCGGUAAGAGGGCGAGUGUGUCAGGUGAUCGGCGACGAAGUGCUGACGCCGACAAACAGGGAGUUGCUGAUAAGCUUCCGGAGUUGUCAGGAGAAGUCACAACAGGGCGCCGACGGAAGUCCUCAGCCACUUCUCCGCGUGCCGCUGGUGAGACUGGAAAAUUGCCUCAGAAGCAGCAACAACAACAACAACCUUGUCGAACGACCGAAGGUGCCACGAUCUCGCCCAAGGGCGUCAAGCCCGAUGAACUUUCACCUGAGAAGCGGAAAGUGCACGAGAAAUUGAAUGCAACGGCCAAAGAGUCUCCGUCGGCGACGAAGAAGGCGCCGUCGGUGGAGAGGAGAAAGUCGAGGACGCCCAGUGAGGAGAACAAGGAGCCACAGUUCAAGAGUCCCGAGCGAAAGGCUCGCGAACCGCCAAAGCCAUCGCCGCAGCGCGAGGAGACCGUGAAUGCCAAGAGCAGGAGUGUCACGCCCACGAAGAGGGACACUCCGUCGCCGCUGAAGAGGAGCGGAAGUGCUGCAGCUGAGGAGAUGCCCGUGGUGCUGUCGCCGUACAACAAGCAACAAUUGACUCCUGUGGAGACAAAGAGCGAAGUGCCGAGUGACAGUGCGCGAGAGGGUGAGAAUCGACCAGCCAGUGCAAUGGAGAAGACAGUGCAGAAGAGCAUCUUCUCGCCACUGCCACAGACACCAGCUCCGCCCGCCCUCACGAGUGCCAAAAACAAGGAUCCGUGUGCAUUCUUUGACUUCUCCGAUGACCUCCUGCCCGGCGUCACGGAGACGAUGAAUGACGAUGCGUUCAGUGUGCCGCCGGAUGGGGCGGAGAGUCUGAGAACGGUGGGAUUGGGAGUGCCUUUCUCGCACAACACUGACAUCCUGUUCAAGGAGGACUACAAGGAGGACAGCGAGAAGGAGACGAUGAAUCUGGUGGAGAAACUGCGGCAAAAGUUCAAGCGGAGUCACUCCACGGCAUCCUCAGCGCCGUCCGAGACGGGUAAUCAGGAGCAGAAGGUGCCACAGUCACGAGAGUCUCCGGAAGUGGUGGAGAAUAAGGUGAAUGACAUCUCUCUCGAUGCGGCCAACAAGCGAUUGUCUCCGGAGGCGACGGAGAAACUGUCCACGGAUGUCAGUAACUUCCCGCACAGUAAGUUCGACAUGGUGGCGUCGGGUGGAGAGUCCUCGCAGAUGCCCAAAGUGUCUGAAGGCAGUGGACUUGAUCAUUCAGCGCCGAUGUCAGUGGAUGAUCGUUGGAUUCCGCCGUCGGAAUUGACACCGGCUUCUGUCGCUCAUCUCAGUCAAAUGAUGUUCGAUCCCAAAGUGAUGUCACAGAAUCUGGCACAGGCCACGAUGGAGGAGAUUGUGUCGCAGAGUUUGGUGGCUGCGGCGGGAAAUAAUGCUGAUUUCCUGAAGCAAUUCCAGGAGCGAAUGGAGUAUCAGACGAAUCAGUGUAUUGCCGCGCAGCAGCAACUUCAUCAGCAACAGUCGGUGAUCACGUCGGAUGUGGGUGGUCAUCAGCAGGCGCCGGUGAAAUCACUCACGCCACAUCAAAAGCCCAUGGAGUAUGAUGACAACUCAUCGCCAUACUCUGUGCAUCCGUCAAAUUGGGUGGAGAGCGACAUGAUUCCCAACAGGAGAUCUGUGUCCUCAUCGCCGGCCAGUAGUGCAUCGGAGAGUCACGAUGUGAAGAAUCAAAUGCCGCCACAGCAGCGAGUGACACCGCAGCCGAUGGAGAAUCAGCUGGGUGUGCAUCACAGGAAUCUCCUGUCCGACAUGCCGCCCUUCAUGAACAUGCAGCAUCCGGGAAUGCAACCAUUCCCACCGAAUGCCACGACGCUGGACAGCUUGAUGCCGCCGUUCAACUAUGCUGAGGCCACGGGUGGCUUCACGGGUCCAGUGACACUGAUUCCACCAUCUGGACCGAAUGUUCACAAUGUUCACCUGCCUUUCCCAUCACCAGGAGCGGCUAUGUUUCCGCCUGCCUUCGGGCAAUCCUUCACCACGGCGCCAAAUACACAGCCACCGACGUCGCUGUGUGGCGUGGGACCACUGCAGAAGCCUGAUGAUAUGCUCUCGGUGAACAACACCAUUCCUUCGUAUCCCUCCAAUCCGUGUGGGGCGGCGUUUACGUCCUCAUCGCAGAAUAUGGCCCUGACAGCGGCCAUGGUGUCUCCGACACCAGCUCCGAUCUCUAUAACAUCACCUCAAACAACACAACAACAGCAACAGCAGCAGCAGAGAUUCCCCACGACAAAUGCAGUGCCACAGCCUCAACCGGAGAGGCGUGAGAGCUUGCCGGAGAAACCACCGGAGGAGGAUGUGAUGAAAUCUCCGUCGAAACCGAGCAGACAGUCGGCGAGACAAGCAAAAUCACCCGCCAAAUCACCGGCCAAGAGUCCAAGACAGCAGCCAAUUGAUAUCAAUCGACAGUUGCCCGCUGUUGUGGCGAAUAAGGUUGUGAAGGCUGAUCCGGCCAAGGCGCGGAAGGUGAGGGGCGCCGCAACUCCUGGCCGCGGUCGUGGCAGAGGCCGUGGACGCGGUGGCAAGACGACAAUGCAUCACUUUCCGCCGCUGGGUGUGCCGGAGUUUGAUUUCAUGACGGGCGGGACGAAUCACAGCAAAUUGGCGGGCACUGUGUAUGAUUUCGAUGAUGAGAUUGCUGGUGAGAGUGUGGAGAAUCUCAAGGCGAUGAGGGACAGGAGGAGAUCCAUUGAUUGCCGAGUGGAGCCAUUCAGGAGUGCCAGAGAGGCAACAUCGCCUAAAUUUGCCAGUCCAAAUGCACAUUCCAAACAAUCAAGACCAAUUCCACCACCGCCACCAUUCACCACGGCUGACAUACGCAAUCUCAGGCCACCGAGUCCCAUCAGGACGGACGCAACGGUGUCUCAGGUCACGCCAACGACAUCCCUGAGAGAUAUGGUGCAGCCUGUGUUGCCUGGGCCGGUGGAUAUGCGGACGUACAGCACGGGAUUCGAUGCCUCGUCGGAUGCGUACAAUAAUCAUCUGUUGAGAGCAUUUGCCAGUGGCACAGCUGAUCAGACGCUGGCGGACAUUGAUGAGGAGAUGGAGAAGGAGCUUCAGUCGGCGCUGAAGGCGAGCAGUACAAAGCCUAAGAGUCCUGUUGUGAAGGCAUCGUCGGAGAGUCAACCAGUUCAGGCGUCAGAUGAUUUCAUGUCCGAAUUGGAUGCAUCAAAGCCCAAAGUGUCGUUGUCAGAUUCGCGGAAUCAGCUGAAGUUGAAGAUCAAGGGUCCAUUGGCGCAUCCGGACAACUACAACACCCAAACGACGGCUGUGCGACAUCCUGUGCCGGGUCUUUCGGGUCCUGGCAUCGAUGCCACCUUCCCCACCACCUCAACAAACUGUACGCUGGGUCCAAUGGCCACGCCGGGCAGUUCGAACUUCCAUCGGAUGAGGAAGAAGGAGCUGCUGAGGCAGUACUGCAGUCAGGACAUGAACACAGUGGAUGCUCAUGUCGGUCUGCCGGAGCCCACGGCGAUGAGUCACAAUACGCAGAUGAACAGGAGUGUUGGCAUCCCAAAGGCUGUGGAUUCGAUGAGUUCAAUUCCCACGAAGGAAGACUACAAGGACUAUGCGACACUGGAUCCCAAGAAGAGGAAGAAAGUGGGCGGAAUGUCUAGGGAAUUGCGACAGCUUGACAUAUCCAGCUAUGAGAUGAAUGACGAUGACAUGGGAAGGAUGCAAUUCGACGUGAGUGUGGAUGGUGUGCUGUCCAAGCGGCGAAUGCGAGGAAAUAGCAAUGCCAGUGGGAAGGAUCUCACCUUGACGGAUUCUGCUCUGUCCACGCCGAAGCUGAAGAUUAAGAUUGGCCAAGGGGUGAUUGAUGUGAGUCCGUCGGUGGAUAAGAGACUGAGUGGAAGGCCGCCGAAGAAGCGCUUGAGUCAGAAUAUGGCAGUGCCGAGUGUGGAGGACAUCAAGAGGGACUGCAUGAACUUCCGGAAGCUGGUGAUGGCGGACUUUGAGGAGAAGGAGAAGGUGACAAAGCCGAAGAAGCAGAAACCGUCGAAGGAGGAGAAGCGAAAGAAGAAGAAGGACAAGAAGCACAAGUUUGAGAUCAUCAACAAUGGCAACAGUGAUGCAGCGCCAAAGUUGAUCAUCCGCCUGGGGAAGAGGAAGAGUGAGGAGGGCGGAGUGCCGCCAAUGGGGGAGCCUCAGAUACCACAAGAUCCGUACGAAUAUGAUCCAAAUGCCGUGGAUCCGCUGGCGCUCGAUGAGCCGCUGGGUGAGAAAGGGAAGAAACGCACUUCGGCGAAUGGCGCUGAGAAGAUCAUUUCGCCGAUCAGGCUGAAGAUUUCCCGUGGGAAUCAGGGCAAGUCGUACGUGAUGUCGGAGGAGGCGAAGAAGACUGAGAAGGGCGGCGGCGGUGAGAAGCCUGGCGAUGCGCCUCAAGUCAACUGCACAGAUGCCAAAGGGAAGAAGACGAAGGAAGCUGAACUGAAUCUCGAUGCUUCGAAGAUGUCCGACGGAAAGGCUUCAGCGGCUGAGAAUGCCAAGGCGGCCGGUGGGAAUUUCUCCGCGAGCGCCAAUGCUGGCGCUGAUGGGAAGAAGGAGGCGACAAAGGUGGACGAGAAGACAAAGACAGACUCAUCAGCCAGCAAAGGCUGCCCUCCGCUUCCUCUCAACAAAGACUGCGAAGUUAGAUGAUAGCUUCGGCACCGUUGAAGGCGACUCUUAGUGUUUUGUUAGGGACAAAAGAAGAAAUGUGCGAUGUUUUAUUUCUCGCUUCUCUGCGAGUCUCUUUAUAAGUUUCUUUUAUAUCUCAUUCAAGGAGCCUUCAACUGACAUUAACACACACAACUUUAUUUUAACACACAUAGUUUCAUUGUGAAGAAAAACCGUUUUUUCGGUGAGAAAAUUCAAAAAGGGAAGAUGACAAAUGAGAGAAAGAGGGAAAGAGUAGAUGAAGUUAGUAGAAAGUGAAUCAGAAAAGUGUAAAACAAUAUAAUCUAUAUAUUGAAUACAUUGGAUGAAAUAAGAAAUUGUAUUGCUAUUGUAUCCAAAUAGUGCUCUAUAGAGAUUAAUAUUUAUAAUGGGAAAUUUUUUGAGAAAAGCGACAGAGAAGUGAAGAAGAAAAGGAAAGAAAAACACUCGUAGUACAGUUUAAUAGAUAGUUUUCAUCAUUGAAUGAGAGCGAAUAUGAAGGAAUUCUCCUGUAUGAAGUUUAUUUUUACCUUUCUUAGUGGAAAACUUUCAAUCAUGACUGUUGACUAUUUUCUUUCUUAUAACAUAAUUUAAGAAACUACUUUUUUUGCCCAUGGUAAAAAAAUGCAAUUAAUAUUUUUUUUCGGCAAAAAGGAACUGUGACAAAGAAAAAAAAAUGCGGUGGAAAGAAAUUGAAUUAUUAUUAUUAUUUUUUUGAUUAAUAUUUAUAACAUUGUUUAUUUUUUUUCAUUAAUUUAUUAUUGUUGCAAAACAGGAGAAGAUUCUUCAACUGUGCGCUUUUCUCUACGACAACAACAAAAGAAAGAAAGAAAGAAAAAGGAAAGAAAACACAACAAAACAUAAUUCAGAAAAUCAACAUAGAACUUUUUGUACAUAUUGAGGAGGGAAAAUAUGUAGACAGUUGCUAAACAUUCUUGUAAUCACGCGUCGGCGGAAAUUCCACAAGAAAAGGGAGACAGAAAGCCAACAGGGAUUUAGUGACGAUGAGUGAGGAGAGAAAGAAAAAACCAUGUUCUAAUCUAGAGAAGUAAUUAGGUGAAAAUUGUGUAAUAUUUAUAAAAAAAAAGAAAGGAAAAAAUGUCAAAAAAAAACCUUGAAAAAAGUUUAAACAUAGAAUAAUGCUCUUUUUAGUCAAACUAAACUUUGUUAAAACGACAAAAUAUGUACAAAAAAAAGUCAAGGCGUAGAUAAAGAAGCAACAAGAAUAUUUCCAAAAGUAUGAAUUCUUCUUAAAAAAAAAACAAAAAUAUUAACAUGUAAGAAAGGAAAAAGAGAGAAAGAGAAAAACAAAUUAUUCAUUCACAUUUUAGUCAUUGUGUAAAAGCAGUUCAUCGUCGUCCAUUUGUGGGGAGAAAAGGAUGAAGAAAAAGGAGUGUAAAAGGGAUGGUUAAGCGUGUGGUUAAUCAAUGAACUUCAAUUUUUUGCAGUAAAAACUUUGUAAUAAGAGAAGGUUUGAAAAGUACUUCAUAUUGUCGAAGAAUUUCCUUCUUUUUUUUCUAUUCAACAUAAGUGAAGAGUGAGAGAAAGAGAAGAAGAGGGAAAACUUUAAAAACCGAUAUUAAAGGUCAAUUAAUUAGAAUGUAAUUGAGAAAGUCAGUAAACUUGUAAAGGAGUCUUUUUUAUAUAAUCAACCACUUUUGCAAUAUUUAAUAAUAUAUAUAUAUAUAUAAAGAAGAAGAAAAUGAGAGAAAAAUGAUAAAACUAGUAAUCCUGAGAAGUUGAUAAAUGAUGAGAGAAAUUACAAGGUAGCAAAAGAGAAAAAUCCAUUUUACACCAGAUUAAUAGAUUAAUUGAAUUUACCAAGAAAAGAAAAGAAAAAAACAUGGAAUUAGUCGAUGGACGACUUAACAUUUAAGGACAGUGAAAACUCUGAAAUUGUGCUAAAUUUUGCUGUUGUCUUCUUUUUUUCCAUUUACACCGUCUAUUUUUCCUGGCAAAAGUAUGAAAAAGAAACUAAUAACUUCUUUUCUUCAGCAUCAGAGAGAGAGAGAGUUUUUUUUUAUAAGAAAAUGAAAAAGAAACAGUGACUAUAAAAAGAAUUACUCCCCAAAAAAAGGGGAGUAGCAAAAAAAAACAGUGACUAAAAGUGAAGAACAGAGGAAAAAAUACGUAGAAUCAAUAUUCAUGAAAGAGAGAGCAAUCGUUAAUAUGUUUAUCAAUUUUUAUCGUAGACAGUUGAUUAUCAUUGUGUUUUGUUGAAUGUGAACGCGAAAGAUGUGACGAAGAGAGGGAGAGAAAGCAAACAAGCAGAAAAGCGCCCCAGUGAAAAAGCCACACUUGGGAUGAUAAUUAUUGGAUCCUUUUUUUCCUAUCAAUCGAAACAUUUUAUCUCCAGUCUAGAAGAGAAAGAAAGAAAGAAAGUUAGUAAGAAAAGAGUUCUUUUUGAAGAAAAAAAAACACAUGAAAACAUAAAGAAAAAUACAGUAGUAAUACAAGAAAAACAAGCGAUAAUCUAACAAGUAAGUGAAAAUGCUAUUAAAAAAAAAGAGGAGAAAACAUUGAGGAAAUCUCUUCCCUAAUCAUCCCGCCUUCGUGGAGAAGAAGAAGAAGAAAACGUGAGGAAGAAAACAUAGCGCGAAAGAGUUGAAGAAUGGCGAAGAAGAAAUGUGGCGAACAAAUACUCUUGCUGUACAAAAAAGUGGGUUUAAGGAGGAGAAGUAGAAGAAGAAG